AUGUCGCAUGGUUUACCCACAUUCAUCGGUGAUACCGAUGUCUAUUUCGCUCAAUUGGAGGCGUAUUUCCAGGUCUACGACAUCUCGUUGUCCAAGAGAUUAAAGUUGCUUUAUUGCAAUCUACCUCCAUCGCUUGCAAAAGUGUCUAAAGACCUAAUCACAUCUCUAAAAGACGACGCCACAUAUGACGAGGUGAAAUACGAGAUCCUACGCAGGACCACCAGGUCUGCCACCAGCCGAUUCAAUGAGCUGAUGGCAGACGAGCAGCUCGGGAACAGGACCCCCACAGAAUUUCUGCGCCAUUUGCGAGAUCUGAGCAGAGAGUCAACAGAUGCUCCACUUCUCCGCAAGAUUUUCUUUUCUCGCCUACCGUCGCACGUACAAACAAUUCUAGCGACGGCAUUUGAGUCCAACACUGUGGACCAAGUGACCACAAUGGCCGAUAGAGUCCUUGAAUUCUCGGGAAACCCUUCAGCACUAAUUUCAAGUGGAAAUUCAAAUUCCCGGGGUCACUGCACCAACCAUUAG